AAAGUCGACAUUCAGUUGUGAAACGUGAAAUACUUCUUCAGUCUGUUCAGUUUUGAAUUGGUAGCGGCAGCGAUACGACGUCUGUGCAGAGAUAUAGCCACUGGGGCCGUGAAACGUGCAACAAAUACUCGUAGUUCUGAGGCGCCGUGCGAAGUAUCUUCAACCAAGACUCGCGGAUGCAUCGAAUAACGAUGACAAAUCUCUCGGUGAAGACUCUCCAAACGGGAAAUUAAAUGGAAAAUUAAAUACAAAAAGGAUAAAAAGGUUUAACCGCAAUUUGAGUUGCCCUUCUUUUUUUUUCUGUUGUUUUGUGCAAAACGAUAAAAACAAACAAAAAAAAAAAAUUUACUUUUGGUGUGGAUUACCAGUGCUGAAAAUGGAUUAAACAAGGCCAACAACAACAAAAUAUAUUUAAAAAAAAAACAAAACCAAACCAAACCCAAUAGAAUAACAACAAAUAAAAUAACCACAACAUGUUGAUGGAUUAGUGCCUGUGAAUGUUAGUUUAAAUAACAGCUAAAUAAAUACAAAACAUACAUUUGGCCAGGAAAUCAAAUAUUCCUAAAUUACACUGAUCUUGGGGGACACUAGGAAACCCAGUGCGAAAGUGACCCGCGAGGCUUCUGAUCUCUAUUCCCCACUAAAGGCGGUGUUAAAGCCACCAUGUUCACAAUACCAGGAGCACCAGUCUCAAUGCAGUGGCUCCUGCUGACCACUCUCCUUGGGCUGGUCAGCACCUCGCCCUAUACGAGCUAUCAGAAUCAACGCUUCGCCAUGGAGCCGCAGGAUCAAACGGCUGUGGUGGGUGCCAGGGUGACCCUGCCUUGCCGGGUGAUCAACAAACAGGGUACUCUACAGUGGACUAAGGAUGACUUUGGACUGGGCACCUCCCGGGACUUGAGUGGCUUCGAAAGAUACGCCAUGGUGGGCAGCGAUGAGGAGGGCGACUACUCUUUGGACAUAUAUCCGGUGAUGCUGGACGAUGAUGCCCGUUACCAGUGCCAAGUGAGUCCCGGUCCCGAGGGCCAGCCGGCCAUACGGUCCACCUUUGCCGGCCUAACAGUGCUCGUGCCGCCAGAGUCGCCAAAGAUAACCCAGGGCGAUGUGAUCUAUGCCACCGAGGAUCGCAAGGUGGAGAUUGAGUGUGUUUCGGUGGGAGGCAAGCCAGCAGCUGAGAUUACCUGGAUCGAUGGCCUGGGCAAUGUGCUAACGGAUAACAUCGAGUACUCGGUGAUACCGCUGCCCGAUCUGCGGCGCUACACGGCCAAGUCCGUGCUCCGUUUGACCCCCAAAAAGGAGCACCACAACACGAAUUUUACGUGCCAGGCGCAGAAUACGGCGGACCGCACCUACCGCUCGGCGAGGAUACGUGUCGAGGUGAAAUAUGCGCCCAAGGUGAAGGUGAAUGUGAUGGGAUCGCUUCCAGGUGCCGCUAAUACGCCUGCCAGUGCCGGCCUGGGAUCCCCAUCCCCCCUGGGAGCCAGCUCGCGGAUCGUGGAGCACUCGCAGGUGCGCCUGGAGUGUCGGGCCGAUGCGAAUCCCAGCGAUGUCCGGUACCGCUGGUUCAUCAACGACGAACCAAUCAUUGGCGGCCAGAAGACAGAGAUGGUAAUACGCAAUGUGACGCGCAAGUUCCACGAUGCAAUUGUCAAGUGUGAGGUGCAGAAUUCCGUGGGCAAGAGCGAGGACAGCGAGACUUUGGAUAUAAGCUAUGCCCCCAGCUUCCGGCAGCGUCCCCAGUCCAUGGAGGCGGACAUUGGCAGCGUGGUCUCCCUGAGCUGCGAGGUGGACAGCAACCCCCAGCCGGAGAUCGUGUGGAUCCAGCAUCCCAGCGACCGAGUGGUGGGCACCAGCACCAAUCUCACUUUCAGCGUGAGCAACGAGACCGCUGGCAGGUACUACUGCAAGGCCAAUGUCCCAGGCUACGCGGAGAUAUCGGCGGACGCCUAUGUCUACCUGAAGGGAUCGCCGGCGAUCAGCUCGCAGAGGUCGCAGUACGGCCUCGUGGGCGACACGGCUCGCAUCGAGUGCUUCGCCAGCAGUGUGCCGCGGGCCCGGCAUGUGUCCUGGACCUUUAAUGGGCAGGAAAUCAGCUCGGAAUCCGGCCAUGACUACUCCAUCCUGGUGGACGCCGUGCCCGGGGGCGUGAAGAGCACCCUUAUUAUCCGGGACAGCCAGGCAUAUCACUACGGCAAGUACAACUGUACGGUGGUCAAUGAUUACGGCAACGAUGUGGCGGAGAUUCAGCUGCAGGCCAAGAAGAGCGUCUCCCUGCUGAUGACCAUCGUGGGCGGCAUUUCAGUGGUGGCCUUCCUGCUCGUCCUCACCAUCCUGAUCGUGGUUUACAUCAAGUGCCGACGCAGCACCAAGCUGCCGCAGGCGGACGUCAUCAGCGAGCACCAGAUUACCAAAAACGGCGGAGUAAGCUGCAAGCUAGAGCCGGGCGACCGCACCUCCAACUACAGCGACCUCAAGGUGGACAUAUCCGGUGGCUAUGUGCCCUACGGCGACUACAGCACUCACUAUAGCCCGCCGCCUCAGUAUUUGACCACCUGCUCGACCAAGUCCAACGGCAGCUCCACAAUCCUGCAGAACAACCACCAGAACCAGUUGCAGCUGCAGCAGCAGCAGCAGAGCCACCAGAGCCACCAGAGCCACCACCACCAGCCCCCAAACACGCAGACCCUGCCGAUGACCUUUCUCACCAACAGCAGCGGCGGCAGCCUCACGGGCAGCAUCAUCGGCUCCCGGGAGAUACGGCAGGACAACGGGCUGCCCAGCAUGCAGUCCACCACGGCCUCGGUGGUGAGUUCCUCGCCGAAUGGCAGCUGCUCCAACCAGAGCACCACCACCGCCACCACCACCCAUGUGGUGGUGCCCAGCUCCAUGGCCCUGAGCGUGGAUCCCCGGUACAGCGCCAUCUAUGGCAAUCCCUACCUGAGGUCCUCCAACUCCUCGCUGCUGCCGCCGCCCACUGCCGUCUAAGGAGGCAAGCGUGUCGCCAGCCGCCGAGACACUGGUGCACCCCCCCUGGCCACUCUAAAGACUGAUCUCAAAGGACUCGAGGCUUGAGGGGAAGCCAGUGCCGGCCGCUGGUGGCGUUAUCUUUCAGCUACCAAAAAUCGAAUUCGAAUCGCCUAGGCUUGUAAGGAUAUCUAAGGACUUAGCUCACACACCCGUAGUCGUAAGCCAAACAUUAGCAACGAUUUCAAUUUCAAUGUUCGUCGUAGUCCCUAGCUUAACCACAUACUUUUUUUUUUAUUUUUUUGAACAUCGUAUUAUGGAUCGUAGUGAAUAGGUAAGAUCUAGAGAGAGACUAAGCUUCAAAGAAUGAGAGUUAAGCAUUUACAAGAGAUAUAGUAGGAAUAGGGCUGCUUGCUGAGUAAACGCCUUAAAGAAGUAGCUUCGCUGGUGAUUUAACCUCCAGUUGGUAAGGAGUUUCUCAAGGCGGUCUUUUGGGGGUAUCAGAGGACAGUUUAGAACUGGUUCUGUGAGUUGCAUUUAACACUUGGUUUGCUGUCAUGGCUUUUCUUAAUCGCUGCCCUUGAAAACUCUUAAAAUAUAUGGAAAAAAAGAAUUGAAAUCAUUUAUGUAUACAUGCUAAAUGUUAAAGCUAACUGCUAAAUGUUGAAACAAAAAUCUAUGUAUACAGCAUGAACAUUCGAUCGAAUGGUUAUUAAUUUUAAGCAAACGAAAUGCCAAAGUACCUGAUAGUAUUUAAGUCGGAGUCCCCCCAACUUUUCUGCAUUAUAUUUAGCAUUAGUUUAUCUCGCCUAAGCUUUUUUGGAUAGUGAGUUGUAAACUAAAAUAAAUAUAUACAAGCUAGAUCUUUGACAGUCGCCUUAACUUAUGAAAAAAACGCCCACACAUCUCAUGCCAGAAAAAAAGAAGAAAUGCUAAAAAAAAAUUAUAUAUAAAAUAUAUAUACACACAUAUAUAUUAUAUAAGAAAAGCAGUAGGAGAAAUAUAUUCAAUUCGUCAGUUCAAUUGUGCUAAGUGUACUUCUAAGUGUAUAACGGUCUAAUUAUCCUAGUUGUAGCCCAACUAAAGAUACACAUGCGUAUUUAACAUAUAGAGCAUACAUAGACAUAGCUAUAUACAAUACAUACAUUUUUUUUUCAUAGCCCUAAGCAUUAUAUUUUGAUAAACAAACGUAUUUCAAUUAAGAAAGAAACCCCUUUUACCCCCUCCUGAAAAAAUGUGUGUGAAAAGUCCACCCCUUAUACCCCCAAAGUUAAAAAUUUUUUUUUUUGCUAUAUUUAUUAGUUUCAGCAAUUAAGCCCGAGACGAACAAAUGUUUUCUGUAUACAAAAUUCAAAUGAUUAAAACAAAUAAGCGAAACACACACACACACACACACCCACAAAGUUAAACAC